AUGGGGCUGUUGUGCCGCAUGUGCCUCUUGCUGGUGCUCGCCCUGGCCCCGCUGGGCGCCGGUGCCUGGCAGUGCCCCCGCAUCCCUUACAGCUCCACCAGGAACUUCUCCGUCCCCUACACACUGCCCAGCCUUGAUGCCAGCAGCCCCGUGCAGAACAUCGCCGUCUUCACCGACUCCGCCGGCCCGGCCGCCGUCUUCGUGGCCGUCCGCAACCACAUCCUGCUGGCCAGCCCCGAGCUGCGCCUCCUCUCGGUCCUCGUCACCGGCCCGGUGGGCAGCGCCGAGUGUGAGAUCUGCCGCCUGUGCCCGGCUGCCGCGGACGGCCCCGAGGACACGGACAAUGUCCUACUGCUGCUGGACCCGCUGGAGCCGUGGCUGUACAGCUGUGGCACAGCGCAGCACGGGCUGUGCUACCAGCACCAGCUGGAGGUGCUGGACGGCAAGGUGGCCAUCACGACCACGCGCUGCCUGUACUCAGCCACAGGCAACAGACCUGCGUCCUGCCCCGACUGCGUGGCCAGCCCCCUGGGGACCAGUGCCACUGUGGUGGCCACCUCCUACGCCUCUUUCUUCUACCUCGGCUCCACCGUCAACAGCAGCGUGGCGGCGCGGUACAGCCCGCAGUCAGUGUCGGUCCGCAGGCUGAAGGGCACCUUAGACGGCUUUUCGGAUGACUUCCAGUGGCUGACGGUGCUGCCGCAAUACCGGGACAACUACACCAUCCACUACGUGCACUCCUUCGCUGACAGGGACCACGUCUACUUCCUGACGGUGCAGCCAGAGCGGCCGGGCUUGGCGGUGUACCACACGCGCCUGGCGCGGCUCAGCACCCACGAGCGUGACCUCCCCGCCACUCGUGAGCUUGUCCUCGACUGCCGCUUCGAGUCCAAGCGGCGGCGGCGGCGCAGCGGCGAGGAGGAUGCCGAGCGGGAUGAUGCCGAGCGGGAUGUUGCCUACAACGUGCUGCAGGCUGCCCACACCGCCCGCCCCGGCGCCCGCCUGGCCCGCGACCUCGGCAUCAACGACACCGACAUGGUACUCUUCGGUGCCUUUGCUGAGAGCUGGCCAGACAGCCUGGUGCCGCGGGAGGACUCGGCUGUCUGCGCCUUCCCCCUCCGCCUCCUCAACCAGGCCAUGGAAGAGGGCAUGGAGAAGUGCUGCGGCACCGGGCACCAGUCGCUGCUGCGGGGGCUCAGCUUCUUCCAGCCGGCGGAGUACUGCCCGCACAACGUGAACCUCUCGGCUCCGGUGGCCAACACCAGCUGCUGGGACCAGCCCACCCUCAUCCCCGCCGCCUCCCAUAAGGUGGACCUGUUCAACAGGCAUCUGGCCGGCAUCCUCCUCACCUCCAUCUUUGUCACCGCCCUGGGGGACGUCACCGUGGCCCACCUGGGCACAGCAGAGGGACGCAUCUUCCAGAUAGUGCUCCAGCGCUCCAGCUCCUACCUCCUCACCUUGGCCAACUUCUCCCUGGGGGAGCCGGGGCCGGUGCGGGGUGCCAUGGGGCUGCAGAGCCACUCGCUGUUCUUCACCGCUGGCACCAAGGUGUGGCGCCUGAACGUCACCGGCCCCGGCUGCCGCCACUUCACGUCCAAGCGCUGCCUGCGGGCCGAGCGCUUCAUGGGCUGCGGCUGGUGCGGGGAUGGGUGCACGCGCCGCCAUGAGUGCACCGGCCUCUGGGUCCAGGACAGCUGCCCGCCCAUCCUCACCGACUUCCACCCCCGGAGUGCCCCGCUGCAGGGCCGGACGCGGGUGACGCUCUGUGGCAUGACCUUCCGCUCCCACCUGGACCCCGACCCCCGCCUCAGCCCCCCCGGCACCUAUCGGGUGGCGGGGGGGCGGCGAGGCUGCCACGUGCUGCCCGGGGGGGGCAGGAGCCGCAGACCCCUGCCCACCUCCCGCCGCAAGGACUUUGUGGACGUGCUGGUGUGCGAGCUGGAGCCAGGGGGCCCGACAGCAGCAGGGGGCCCGGCCGAUGUGGUGCUCACCGUGGAGGAACCUGCCGGACCCUCCAGCUUCCGCGUCCAUGGCUCGACCACCCUCAGUGGUUUCGUCUUCGUGGAGCCCCACAUCAGCGCCCUGCACCCCCCGUUUGGCCCCCAGGGGGGUGGCACCCACGUCUCCCUGCGUGGCACCCACCUCUCGGCAGGGAGCAGCUGGCGGGUGAUGGUCAACGGCUCUGUGUGCCCCCUUGCCGGGCAGCCCAGGCAGGGCGAUGGGGCGAUUCGGUGCACAGCUCCUGCUGCCAGUGGCCUGGGCGCAGCCUGGGUGGCCCUGUGGAUCGACGGGGAGGAGUUCCCGGCCCCCCUGCCCUUCCAGUACCGCCCUGACCCCUUCGUUUCGGCCAUCGUCCCCAGCUGCAGCUAUGAGGGCUCAAUGCUCACCAUCAUCGGCACCCAUCUGGACUCGGUGUAUCGCGCCAAGAUCCGCUUUGAAGCCAGCGGCGUGAGGACCGAAGCCACGGAGUGCGAGGGCUCGCAGGCACCAGAGCGGCUGCUGUGCCACGGCCCAGCCUUCCCCUUCGAGAGCAAGGUGGAGACGGCGUCGGGGAACCUGAGCGUGCUGCUGGACGGCGCCGCUGGCCGCUGGCUCUUCCGCUUCCGCUACUACCCCCAGCCCGAGGUCUUCGCCUUGGAGCAGGAGGGCGGGCGCCUCCGCCUCAAGCCCGGUGACGACGAGAUCAAGGUGCACGGUGCCGGCGUGGCAGGUGGCGGUUCCCCAGUGCCCCUGCUCAGGGCCACGUCCUGCUGCCUGGAGGACCUGCGGGCAGAGCUGCUGGAGGAGGUGAAGGACAUCCUCAUCCCCGAGGAGCGGCUCGUCACCCACCGCCACCAGGUCAUCGGCAAAGGGCACUUCGGCAGCGUCUACCAUGGCACCUACACGGACCCACUGCUGGGGGACCUCCACUGCGCCGUCAAGUCCCUGCACCGCAUCACGGACGUGGAGGAGGUGGAGGAGUUCCUGCGCGAGGGCAUCCUCAUGAAGAGCUUCCACCACCCCCAGGUGCUCUCGCUGCUGGGAGUGUGCCUGCCCCGCCACGGGCUGCCCCUCGUUGUCCUGCCCUACAUGCGCCAUGGGGACCUGCGCCACUUCAUCCGCGCCCAGGAGCGGAGCCCCACGGUGAAGGAGCUCAUCGGCUUCGGGCUGCAGGUGGCCCUGGGCAUGGAAUACCUGGCCCAGAAGAAGUUUGUGCAUCGGGACCUGGCAGCCAGGAACUGCAUGGUGAUGCUGAGCUGCUGGGCACCGGUGCCCGAGGAGAGGCCAUCCUUCACGGGGCUGGUGGGCGAGCUGGAGCGUGUCCUGGCCCUGCUGGAGGGCGAGCACUAUGUCAACCUGGCCGUCACCUACGUCAACCUGGAGCGCGGCCCCCCUUUUCCCCCCGCCCCCCCGGGGCAGCUGCCCGACGGCGCGGGUGAGGACGAGGAAGGGGAGGAGGAGGAAGAGGAGGAGGAGGAUACGGCCGUGUGCUGA